AUGGUGACAGACGAAGUAGAGACAGUAACCUUUUCUAAACGCAGAAUGGGAUGUCAAGAAGCGUCGAGCUGUGCGAGCUCUGCGCGAUGCUGUCAAUGGCGAAACAGCAGUACAUGGAGUCGGUUUCAAGGGCUGGAGGAGGAGAAGAAGAUGAAGAAGGAAGGAGGGUGUACGAGCGAGGAGGGGGAGUACUGUUGGUGGGAUCAGGAGAUUGAGAGGAUGAGCUUGGAGGAGCUGGAAAAAUAUGAAGAGGCGAUCAACGCAUUGAGAGAGAAGGUGGGUAAGAGAGCGGAAGAGAUGGCCGACGAUCAGCCUUCCUCUCUUCACUGA